AAAUUAUAGAAUGUUAAAAUAUUCAAAAUACUGAAAUAAAAUUGAUUAAUGUUGAUAAAAAGAUGUAACUCGCCCGCACAACGUGCGGGUUCAAUGCUAGUUACUUUUAUGGGAUUUAUUUGCGUAUGGAUGAGUGAUACUCUUUUAAUAUAGUUUAAGUUUCGUGUUAGGGACCAAAAUGAAGAUAUGUUUAGCAUGAAGAACAUGAUCAAAUAUGUAAGACAGAUGUAUUAAUAAUUAGGUCUCAAACGUUCAUAAAGUAUUUUUCCGUAUCAGAGCGCAGACUACUAAACCAGUACAAGAAAUUGAAAGUUAAGUUAUUUCCUUAACACAUGACAUGAAUUGAAGACGGUAGUUAUGCUAACUUCAACUUGUCCCUUUGUUUUACUUAGGGAUGGCAACUUUGCCCAUACCCAUGGGUUUCUUACUAUCCAACCCAAUUGGAUUGGGUAUGAAAUCCAAAUAGAUGGAUAUGGGUAGAGUUUGAUGGGUUUGUACCCAUACCCAUUUACUUUGGGUUGAGUUGGGUUUAUAUCAAAUGGAUUUGGGUUUGUACCCAUGCCCAAAUACAAAUUACAGUUUGGUACCCAAACUUAAUAGACAUGCAUAUUUAGUAUCUAAAUUUAAUUUUUUUUGCAUAUAAGUCCUCAAAAUAUCGAUGGAAAAUUACGUUUUGGUACCUAAAUUUUUUUGGUCUUACAUUUUGGUACCUAAACUUUUCAAGUUUUGCAAAUAGGUCCAAUUUUUGCAUGUGUAGUUAAAACACCCUCAAGUAAAUGGAUAUCCAUAUCCAACCCAUACCCAUUUAGAUUAUGGAAGCCCCAAACCCAAACUCAUCUAUAAACCCCCAAAUUCAUAUGCACUUCACCCAUACCCAACCCAUUAUCAAUGGGUCUACUUGGGUUUGGGUAUAAUUACCCAUGGAUGGGUAAUUUGCCAUCCCUAGUUUUACUAAUAAAAUUUUAUUUAAACUAGAGACUAAAACUUCUGAUUAUGAAUCUUGAACUAGAAGAUUAUAUUAGUGAUCAUGUCCCAAAUGCUCUUGAAAGAAUUUCCCGCAUUAACCAUAAGUAAACUGAAGUUCUUAUUAGGUUAUUUCUUUAACAUAUAGCAUGCAUUUAAGGUGGUGGUUACAUUGACUUCAAUUUGUUUCUUCAUUUUUAUUAAUAAAACUCUACUCAAUUAGAGACUAAAUUAGCAGAUGACAUUAGUGAUCAUGUCCAAAACAUUCAUAACAACAGAUUUUCACACAUUGUAGAACGUACUAAUUCACAAGUAACAUAAAUUGAAAUGGUAGUUAAACUGAAGUUGUAAGUAUGUUACUUCUUUAACAUAUGCAUGAAUUUAAGACCGUGGUUACAUCGACUUCAAUUUAUUAUCCCUUACCACUUUCGUUUUACAAAUACGACCGCAUUCUAAUUUCUCAAUAACGCCACAUUCUUCAUUCUACGUACGUUCAGAAAUUCAGUUCUUCCAUAUAUACAUCAAUCUUCUUCGUUUCAAUAUUCGUAUACAAUCUUCCUUUGUCUCUGUAACUCGAAUUUCACUUCUAUCUCUAGUCAUGGAUCCAAAUCAGCAGCAGCAGCAGCUCCAUGUCGUCUUCCUCCCCUUCUUGGCUCAAGGCCACAUGAUCCCAAUCACCGACAUGGCGAGGCUCUUUGCCCGCCACGGCGUGAAGUCCACGAUCAUCACCACUCCGCUCAACGCCCCUCUCUUCUCCGGCAAGAUCGACCGUGACGCCCAGCUGGGUCUCCAAAUCCGGACCCACGUCGUCGAGUUCCCCGCCGCCGAGGCCGGCCUGCCGGAAGGCUGCGAGAACCUCAGCAGGGCGAACGAGUCCUUUGAAAUGGUGGUCACAUUCUACAAGUCAAUGGAGCUCCUCCGCCGCCCGGUUGAGGAGCUCCUCCAACAAUGGCGGCCCGAUUGCCUGGUCGCUGACUUCCCCUUCCACUGGGCUUCAGAAUCCGCCAACAAACUCGACAUUCCGAGGCUGUAUUUCAACGCGACGGGGUCGUUCGCCAUGUGUUUGUGUGAAUGCCUCAACCGCCACCAACCUCACACACGCGUCGAAUCCGAUUCCGAACCCUUUCUCCUCCCCGGCCUGCCGCACGAAAUCCGAGUCACCAGAGGGCGAAUCCCCGGGGAGUUCCGACCCGAGGUGAACGAUGACGAUCCGAGCGUCAAAGAACUCCGAGACCUGAUGCUGGAAUCAGAGGUGACAAGCUACGGAGUUGUGGUGAACAGUUUCUACGAGCUUGAGCCAGGGUACCCAGAACACUACAAACACGAAAUGGGAAGAAAGGCAUGGUUCAUUGGUCCAUUGUCACUCAGCAACAAAGACGACAUGAAACAUAAAGCGGAAAGAGGAGAUUCUGCUGCUGCAAUUGACAGACACGAAUCAUGUUUGAGAUGGCUCGACUCCAAAGAAGCCAAUUCAGUCAUCUACAUAUGCUUCGGGAGCAUACCAAUACCUUUCAACGCGGACCAGCUACGCGAGAUUGCCGCGGCUCUAGAGACAUUGUUGUCGAGGCAGAUCAGCUUUAUCUGGGUUGUGAAGAAGGAAGAAUGGCUGCCGGAAGGGUUUGAAGAGAGAAUUACAGAGGGCGGGAAAGGACUGGUGAUCAGAGGAUGGGCGCCUCAGGUGUUGAUUCUCGACCACGGGGCGAUUGGAGGGUUCGUGACUCACUGCGGGUGGAACUCGACGCUGGAAGGUGUGUGCGCAGGGGUGCCGAUGGUGACGUGGCCGCUUCAAGCCGAGCAGUUCUUGAACGAGAAAUUGGUGACUGAUGUUUUGAAGAUUGGGGUCGGAGUUGGUGCUGAGGAAUGGUCGAUACAAGAGAGGAAAAUCAUCGUGGGAAGGGAAGAGAUACAGAGUGCGAUCACUCGAGUGAUGGUUGGUGAAGAGGCUGAAGAAAUGAGGAGCAGAGCUAGGAAGCUCAAGGAAAUUGCUGUGAUGGCUAAUGAAGAAGGUGGGUCGUCUUAUUUCGAUAUGAAAUUGUUGGUGCAAGAACUGACGGAUCUACGAGAUAAGAGAAACAAUGAUGGAUGCUCCAAGUCGUAAGAGUAUGAAUCCUUUUGAGCCAAGUAAUGGGAAAAUGUUUGUCGUUGCAAUAACACCUUAGAGAAAUAUUUUUUUUAUUUUUAUGUAGCUUUCCCAUUUCCUCGUGCAAUAAACUUCAUAAAAAAAGAAAGAGAUUUGGUUUCUAGGGUAAAUACAAUUUAAUAUUCAAA